CGGUAAUGUUGUGAAGCCAGUCAGCUGAUCCUUGUACCUCCAAGCAGCAACCCAGUAGAUGGCUUAUCACGCAAAAUGAUGAACGGAAAGACAGUGAUAGUGACCGGUGCUAACAGCGGGAUAGGCAGAGCCACCGCAGCGGGCAUCGUGAAACUGCAGGGCCGCGUGAUAAUGGCCUGCCGGGACCUGAGCAGGGCUGAGGAGGCAGCCCGGGAGAUCCGACAGGAGACCAGGGCAGACAGCGCACAGCUGGUCGUCAAACAGCUGGACCUCGCCUCGCUCACAUCUGUACACACUUUCUGUCAAGACAUAAUAAAGGAGGAACCUCGACUCGAUGUGCUGAUCAACAAUGCCGGUAUCUAUCAGUGUCCUUACACCAAAACAGAAGACGGCUUUGAGAUGCAGUUUGGGGUCAACCACCUGGGCCACUUCCUGCUCACCAACCUGCUGCUGGACCUCCUGAAACAAUCAGCCCCCAGUCGCAUAGUGGUGGUCUCCUCCAAACUCUACAAGCACGGUCACAUUAACUUUGAGGACUUGAACAGCGAGCAGAGCUAUAACAAAGCCUUCGCCUACAGCCGCAGCAAACUAGCCAACCUGCUGUUCACCUGUGAGCUGGCCCAACGACUGGAGGGCAGCGGGGUGACUGUGAAUGCUCUGACUCCAGGCAUAGUGAGGACCAAUCUGGGGAGGCAUGUCCACAUCCCAGUGUUAGUUAAGCCCAUGUUUGACCUGCUCUCCAGGGGUUUGUUUAAGAGCCCUGAAGAAGGAGCUCGGACCUCGAUCUAUUUGGCCUGCAGCCCGGAUGUAGAUGGUGUACAGGGCGAGUGCUUUGCAGAUUGUCAGCCUCAGGUUCUGCUGGACAAGGCUACAGACCAGGAAGUGGCCAGUAAAUUGUGGGACAUGAGUGAAGUCAUGGUGGGCAUAACCAAGUGAGAGUUAAAAUUAUUUCAAGCAUUCGAAAGAGACAAGCGAAUGUCUGAAAUCCUGAAGAAUUCUACAUAUUCAGUGCCUUGCUUUGGGCAUCAGGGUGCUGACGUUAGUUCAACAGCACGCUAGUGUCACGUUUUUUUCUUUAGCUACAGUUUCUGUUAGUACACCUUUGAGAUUCAUGUAUAUCUGUUUUUCUCUGUGCUCAUCUCACUGGUUGAAGUCAGCAGGGCUUGGUGGGAAAUGUGAUGUUACCCAUUUCCUUGCACCUAUCAAGAUUUAGUUUUAUUUGGAUCAAAAUUUUUUGGUCAGAUGAUGUCUAAACCGAAGCAGCUGUUGCCAGAUCAUGGCUCACAUAAAAUAGUCUAAUAUCGGCAAAAUUAAGUUUUGAAUCUGGAACUAUCUGAUCAAAAAAAGACAAGAUUAUAAAUCCAACCAAACAUUUGACCUUAACCUUCAGUAUUUGAGAGUGUCAUACUUGUGCUAAUGAUACAUUUUGGCUCACCCCAAAACAGUAUUAUCCAUACCAGCCCCAGACCACUGCUAGCUAGCUGGUGUAUGAGCAGAACAGUUAACAUUCUAUAUUCAUGUCUGAUCUGACUGCACACGGUUAAUGAAGUCACAUCUCUCCUUUGCAUGGAUGAACACUGAAUGUGGUUAAUCAUUUUGAUGGUUUUAAACUUAAUUUUAAAAUGUGUGAAGAGACAUUGGGCUCUAGUUUCGCAGACUGG